UAUUUAUAUCUUUCAGAAAAUGUCUUCAAAAUUCAAAAAUGCAAAACGAAUCGAAGGCCUUGAUAGUAAUGUGUGGAUUGAAUUUACCAAGUUGGCUGCAGACCCCUCUGUUGUGAAUCUUGGCCAAGGCCUUCCAGACAUAUCCCCUCCUACGUAUGUAAAGGAAGAAUUGUCAAAGAUUGCAGCAAUUGAUAGCCUGAACCAGUACACACGGGGCUUCGGUCAUCCAUCACUUGUGAAAGCUCUGUCCUGUCUAUAUGGAAAAUUUUAUCAGAAGCAAAUCAAUCCAGAUAAAGAAAUCCUUGUGACAGUAGGAGCAUAUGGAUCUCUUUUUAAUGCCAUUCAAGGAUUAAUUGAUGAAGGAGAUGAAGUCAUAGUAAUAGUGCCUUUCUAUGACUGCUAUGAGUCCAUGGUGAGAAUGGCUGGAGCAACACCUGUUUUUAUUCCCCUGAGAUCUAAACCUGUUCAUGGAAAAAAAUGGUCUAGUUCUGACUGGACAUUAGAUCCUCAAGAACUGGCAAGUAAAUUUAACUCCAGAACCAAAGCAAUUAUACUAAAUACGCCACAUAACCCCAUGGGCAAGGUGUAUACCAAAGAGGAGCUCCAAGUAAUUGCUGACCUGUGCAUCAAACACGACACACUCUGCAUCAGUGAUGAGGUUUAUGAAUGGCUUGUAUAUACUGGAAAUAAGCAUUUAAAAAUAGCCACUUUUCCUGGUAUGUGGGAGAGAACAAUAACAAUAGGAAGUGCUGGAAAGACUUUCAGUGUGACUGGCUGGAAGCUUGGCUGGUCCAUUGGUCCUAAUCAUUUGAUAAAACACUUACAGACAGUUCAACAAAACACCGUUUACACUUGUGCCACUCCUUUACAGGAAGCCUUGGCUCAAGCUUUUUGGAUUGACAUCAAGCGCAUGGAUGACCCACAGUGUUACUUUAAUUCUUUGCCAAAAGAGUUAGAAGUAAAAAGAGAUCGGAUGGUGCAUUUACUCGAAAGUGUUGGCCUAAAACCCAUCGUUCCUGAUGGGGGCUACUUCAUCAUUGCUGAUGUGUCUUUGCUAGAUGCAGACCUCUCUGAUAUGAAGAACAACGAUGAACCUUUUGACUAUAAAUUUGUGAAAUGGAUGACUAAAAAUAAGAAACUGUCAGCCAUCCCAGUUUCAGCAUUCUGUAAUGCAGAUACCAAAUUACAGUUUGAGAAGUUUGUGCGAUUUUGCUUCAUUAAAAAAGACAGUACACUGGAUGCUGCUGAAGAAAUUAUCAAGGCAUGGACUGGACAGAAGUCUGGAUAGGAGGAGACUUGUUGCUUUUAGAUGACCUAUUAGUAUGGAAUUGUUAUUUAGUGCUGCCACCUGCUGGAUAGUGAAAAACAAAUGUUUCUGUACAAAUGAAAUUUAAAGAAAUAUUUCCAUUAUUUUUCCAAAGAAGUUAACCCCACUCCUAACAAUAUUCAGGAGAUCUUGUGUUUGGUUGUUUCAGUUGAAAUGUAUUAAAACACCUUCCACUAUUAUUUUAUGAGAGGUAAUGUAGCAUUGUGGAUAAGAACUGUGAGAUGAUGCUUAACUUCUCUGUGCUUUAGUUUCCUUAUCAUAAAAGGCGAAUAAAAAAUAGCCCCUACUUUAUAUGAAGUUUGUGAGUUGUUGUUUGUGAGGACUGAUGUGUGUAAAGCCUCGCAAACAGUAAACACUCA